UGAUUUGUUUUGUUUCGCAUCUUUCUCUCGUUUUCUAAACUCGUGUGUGUUGUGCAUUGCGGAUUUGAAUUCCGUUUAGAUUUUGUUUUUUCUCGUCUUUUUAAUUUACUUUUAUUUAAUUUCCCGUGUGGCUGCGGUUGAUUUUUUUGUUUCUGAGUGAAAUGGUGAGAAAUGAAUAUUCUGAUUCAUUUCCUUGGAGUCGAAAUGAAGAACUCCACCGCAGUGAGCCGAAUGGCGUGUUUUUGCUAAGGCUCGCUGCGAUUGUGGAAUCUGAGGAUGAGAUAUAGCUACCUAGAGUGUUGUAUAUUCAAUUGGACAACUCUAAAGCUCGUGAUUUUUUUCCUUGAUGGUACUUAUAAUGAUGAUUUGCUGCGGCAAGGAGAGUAAUGUAAUUGGCAAAUGUGAUAGAGGUUUUAAUCCAUUUGAAUCAGAUUGGUUGAACAGAUCUAUAUGCUUGCUAGUAAAGUUAAAUUGAAAUGGCUAUUGCUGGUUUGCACAGUGUGUCUGUGCUCGACUCUUCAUUCUUGAGGGAUUCGCAGUCACAGGCCUCCAGAAGGAGGGGAGAUGGGAGGAGGGGAACCACCCGGUCAUCUUCACUUUUGCAAAUGUGGAGAGAGAUUGAGGAUGAACAUGCGGUGAGUCAAGUUCAAGGAAGAUCUCGUGGGUCAGUUGUGGACCUUUCACGAGAAGCUACACCUGAUAGCCCAGAGAUAGGACAAAGGCAUGCUCUAGAAGAUGCAGAUUUGGGUGAGAAUGAGUCUGAAACAUGGUCACAGUCGCAGAGUCCGAAUGAAUCCCAUGAUGGUCAUGAGGAUUUAAACAAUUCUAGUUGUGAAAACUCUUCUGAGUUUGGAGAAGUUGAAAGGGAGAGAGUGAGGCAAAUUUUCAAGGAAUGGAUGAAUAGUGGUUCUAGGGACCGUGGCUCAAACAUUUCCCGAAGAAGUAACAGUCCAAGGGGAGAAUGGCUUGGAGAAACUGAACAGGAAAGGGUGAGAAUUAUAAGGGAGUGGGUACAAAUGAGCAGCCAGCAGAGAAGUGUUUCAUCUGGAGAAAACAGGGAACAACCGUGUGCUGAAAUUGGUACACAAAUUGAACGUGUGCGUGAUGGAUUUGUUGUUAACCACAGUGAGGGCCAAAAUGAUCAAAUAAGGAGGGGUAUGCGUAAAUUACGUGGCAAACAGGUUAUGCUUGAUAUGCUUAAGAAGGCUGAGAGGGAAAGGCAGAGAGAAAUUCAAGAGUUACUGGACCAUCAGGUUGUAUCACGUUUUCCCCAUCGCAAUCGAAUUCAGGCAUUGCUUCGAGGGAGGUUCUUGAGAAAUGAUAGAUCUGUUGAUCAUAACAGGUCCACGUGUAUUGCAGAAAGUGAAUUAGGUUUAUUGAGGCGAAGACAAACUGUUUCGGGUCUAAGGGAAGGAUUCUUCUCUAGAAUGGACAAUACCAGUUGCAGUCAAGCAACCAGCAAUCUAUCUGAUACCUCAUCAAACAUUGAUAUUGAUUUUAAUACAAAUGAACUAACCAGAGAAAGCAGUUCACCUGUGGUUCUACAUGUACAUUCUGAACCUAAUAACAGAAGAGAUGAUGGGAUAUCUGGUGGCCACUGUCUAGAAGGAACUACAUGUGAGAGUUCAGAUUGGCAAGAAUCUACCGCCCAUCCAGAAGGAAAUCAGUUGCAGUGCUUGCAAAUUGAAUCAGUAGAUAGGCAGUCAUCAUUCAGUGUUGGGUGUGAAAGAAGGGAUGAUACUGGGCAAAAUGUUGAUGUGAUGGCAAUUAGAGAUCAGGCUGAUGAACUUAUCCAACAAAGCUUACAAAUUGAUGAUUCAGAGCAUAGUAGUAAUCAGGAAUCCAGCGAGGUACAGAAUGAGCAAUCUGAAUUGGGUGAUAUGAAUAAUGGUGAAAACAAUUCUUCAAACCACAAUGAUUAUGUGGAGGGUAAUGUUGAUGAUGUGAACUAUGGACCUGAUUCCCUAGAAGAACAGCUAGAAGAAAUUAUUGAAAAUGAAGAAAGUGGCUCGCAUCAGAGUAACACUGAAUGGAGAAAUAGCACUGAGGAAAGUGUAGAUGAUAAUCAGCUCAGCAAUACAGAAAAUGAGUGGCCUGAAAACAGUUGGGCAAAUGAGGAUGUUGAAAACCCUCAUGUGCAAGAAGCUUCUGAAGCGUGGCAAGAGGAUGGUGGCUUCCAAGAGGCGGUGGAAAAUUGGUUGGGAGGACCUUCUGACCAAGAAAGUGCUCAAGUUGGUAGAGUUCAUGGUUUUUAUUUUCCCGAUGAUGACAAUGUAUACAGUGGUGAACUCAGGGAACUUCAUAGUAGGAGACGUGUCUCUAAUCUCCUUGGCAGUAGUUUCCGUGAGAGGCUUAACCAGCUGAUACAGUCAUAUGUUGAAAGACAAGGUCAUGCUAACAUGGAGUGGGACCAGGAAGAAGCAACCUCUUCUGUUGCCUUGGUAGAACAGGACCUUGAGCAGCAGAGUAGAUAUCAGAAUGUUGAUCAGGAGGUUAAUAUUAAUAGUCCAAUUGACUUUCCUCCUUUGCCUGCACCUCCUACUCCGCCUCUUUGGGAUCAGCAUCCUCAUGGUGAUAACUGGUCACACAAUGAUGAUUUGGAGAUUAUUAAUGACUUGAGACUGGACAUGGCUAGAUUGCAACAAAGGAUGAAUAAUAUGCAGAGGAUGCUUGAGGCAUGUAUGGAUAUGCAGCUUGAACUGCAACGCUCAAUAAAACAAGAAGUUUCUGCUGCCCUAAAUCGCUCAGCCGAUUCAUCAGGAAUGCACGACUUCAACUCACCAGAUGAUGAUUCUAAAUGGGAAUGUGUCAGAAAAGGACUUUGCUGUAUUUGCUGCCAAAGCAAUAUUGAUUCUUUGUUGUACAGAUGUGGGCACUUGUGCACAUGUUCAAAAUGUGCCAAUGAGUUGCUUCAAAGUAAACAAAAAUGCCCAAUGUGUCAAGCGCCUGUAGUGGAGGUUAUACGUACUUAUUCUAUACUAUAAACAUUGACUUCACAAUAAAGGUCAUACUUAACAAUAUACAGGACUCUAACAAGUUUUAUCUCCUGGACGACUCCAGGUACUUUUAAUUUAAGUUUUUAAUUUUGUCAAUGUGAUUACUGUAUUUAUGUCAAGUAAACCAAAGGAACAUAUGAUGCCAUCUUUUUGGGCCAUAGUUCUGAUAUAUGAAUAAAAAUUGUAUGUUGUUUUAUUAAAGUUUCGAGUCACAUCUUAUGUUUGAUGUUAAGGACAGAGAUUCUGUCCUUUUUAUUUUUAGGUGGCUGGAUGGUAUUUAUAUACUUUAUAAAUCAACCUGUCUCUGUACAUUAUGUAAUUGUGGUCUUGUUCCGAAGUGUUGAAACUCAGCGCAUAUAUCAAAAUCAAAUUGGUUUGGCUCUGAAGUGGAUUGCUUUCCUGGCUGUUAUGGUCUGUAUCACCAGUUGAGAUGUCAUGAAACUUGCAUAUUCUAUUUAGCCGAUUUGUCAUGAAACUUGCAUAUUCUAUUUAGGUUAUGCAGGUUUGGUUAUGGAAAGUGUUCUUUGAAUUAUUAGAGUUAACUUAAAAUAACAGCAUAUUACAAGUAGAAGGAAUCCGAUUCGUUGGAUCAUGAAAGACCAUUUUGAAUUUUUGUUUU